AUGAGUUACCAGAAGGCGCUUGAGUUGAACAAGGGGCCACAGCCUGGGUCAAAGAGCCCUGGGAGGGCAGGAGGUGCCACCACAGAUGAAGGCCCCUGCCCAGCCCUGCUUGAAAACCAGCUCAGUGUGGGCGACUUUUGCAAAAUACAGAGUGCCUUUGAGCCCUCAGAGCCAUGUCAAACCAUCUGCAUGUCCAGAGAAGAGUUUAUGCAAAGGAUGACAGAGAUUGUUGGUUGGGGCACAAAGGAAGAAUAUGGUGAGCUCUUUGACAAAGUGGAUGUAGCCCAAGAUGGCUUCAUUAACUGGGACAAGCUGACUUCAUUUAUGCUGUUAGCACUUUAUGAGAAAGACGAACAAGCAAAGGCAACUGUGGUUCCCCAGUGGAAAGACCUUGAAUUCCUCCCAGUGAAGCACAAGGACACGAUUCAAAAAGUAAUUUUCUUAAAAAGUUCAAGUCGUUAUCUGACCAUCAGUAAGGAAGGCUUAUUAGGAAUCUGGGGAGAGAAUUUAAAGCUGCAAGAAACACUUCCCAUCACUUCAGAUACCACCAAGCUUAAACACCUGUGGGUGACAAGUCUGGUUUCUCUGGAAAAUGUAAACAAGAUAGCAGUGGCUUUUACGAGUAAAGAGAUUUGUUUCUAUGAUCUGCUGUCCAAAGGAGAAUUUCCUUGUCAAUAUAAACUCCAAGGCCUGAAAGGAACUCCAAUUUGUAUGGAAUAUUGGUAUGACCCCCUUGAUGCCAACGAAUCAGUUCUUUCUUUUGGGGACAUAACUGGAAAGGUUCAAGCAAUUGCUUUCACGGUGGCCUUGAUUUCCCUGUUUGAGUGUCCGGCUAGUGCACAUGAAGAUGGAGAAGCCACAGUGACCAUCAGCUGGGCAGAACUGCUCUCUGGAUAUCACAAAUGUUGCUACACAUUAGAGCAUAAUCUUCAUCAUGGAGACUGGGUCAGGCAAGUUACUUACAAUGCAUCUUUAGAUGCUAUCAUUUCCAGUACAACCAGCAAUACAAACACUGUGGUGCUGGCUUGGAGAGAGAAAUCAAAAAAGCAUCUUAAAAUGACAUCCUUCGAUGUUGCUGAGGGCAUUCAUGCUUUUGAUUACCACUCUCAGCUCAAUUUAAUUGCAACUGCUGGCAUCAACAAUAAAGUUUGCCUUUGGAACCCCUAUGUUGUCUCCAAGCCAGUUGGUGUCCUUUGGGGUCACUCAGCCAGUGUAAUAGCUGUUCAGUUCUUUACUGCAAGAAAACAGCUUUUCAGCUUCUCCAAAGAUAAAGUUUUGAGACUCUGGGAUAUUCAGCACCAGCUGUCCAUCCAGAGGAUAGCUUGUUCUUUUCCCAAAAGUCAGGACCUCAGAUGUCUCUUCCACUUUGAUGAAGCCCAUGGACGACUUUUCAUCUCAUUUAAUAACCAGCUCGCAUUGUUGGCAAUGAAAAGCGAGGCCAGCACAAGGGUGAAGAGCCACAAGACAGCAGUCACUUGUGUUCUUUACAAUUCGGUCUUGAAGCAGGUAAUCAGCUCGGACGUGGGGUCUACUGUUUCCUUCUGGAUGAUAGACACUGGGCAAAAAAUCAAACAGUUUACUGGUUGCCAUGGCAAUGCAGAAAUCAGCACUAUGGCCCUUGAUGCAAAUGAGACACGGCUUUUGACUGGUAGCACAGAUGGGACCAUAAAGGUAUGGGACUUCAGUGGAUACUGUCACCACACACUAAAUGUUGGGAGAGAAGGAGCUGUGGAUAUUUCACAGAUCCUGGUUCUUAAGAAGACGAUACUGGUUACAGGCUGGGAGAGGGCUAUUACGGUGUUUCGACUACAAAACUUCAAUCACUUCUUCGUCCAGCCUGAAAAAUGGAAAGGAGGAAUACAGCACCGUGAUGAUAUCUUGUGCGCUGCAUUUUCACCUCCACAAACUCUUGUUACAGGGAGUUACGAUGGAGAAAUCGUUCUGUGGAAUAACAGCACAGAAAAGGCUCACUACGUCCUCCACCCUGAUUAUCAGAGGCUGCUAAAAUCAAAAUCGGAUACAGAGCCUCAAAAGCUUUCGAGUGCUGGGAGGAGCCGCUCCCCCCGCCCCGGCCCAAACCAGGCUGCCCUGGGAGCCCACUCCUUGGAGACCCACACGGAGGGCAAUGAUGCUGUUGUGGGGCUCUGCUUCCUUGAGGCAAGAAAAACCACCGCAGAGACAGGAGGAGCUAACCUGGUGUCAUGUGGAGGAUCUGGGUAUGUCAGAUUUUGGGAUACAUUUAAGAAGCAACUUCUGGCUGAGUUUUUGGCUCAUGGUGGAGUUGGAUCCAUUAUUAUGUCUACUGAUAAGUCAAACCAAUACCUCACCACAGGAGAUCUGGAUGGACAACUGAAAAUCUGGGAUAUAGAAGAGUACUGUCUUAAUUCCAGUAAGAGCAAAAUCACACAGGCCCCAGCUCUGAUACGAUCAUUCCGACCUCAUGAAGACCAGAUAAGUUCCUUAGAGAUGUGUAAGCCAGGUGGCCGCUUACUGAUUAUCUCCUCAUCGGCAGACUGCAGCAUUUGUGUGACUGAUGUCUGUGGUGCUCCUGUCUGGAUCUUUGGUCAGGCAAAGCAUUGGCAAAAUGAAAACUGUUCUUCCCUUCCUAAAAGAGAUGCUAACUUAAUGAAAAGUGAGAUUCAAGAAGAAAGCAUAAGGGAAAUUCCUUUACUUUCUAAGAAGGAAUCAUGGUUAGACCUACCAGAACAUUCUCUACUUGAUAAGAAAAACAAAGAUGAUACCACAUUCAAUGUCAGACCAUCAGAAGUCAUAAAUUUAGGUAUAAAAUAUAAGGAAAGAUAUAUCUUCAGGAAAAAAACACAUAACCUUUACAAUGGUGAAGUUAUGCAAAAAUCACCCAGUGCAUUUAGGUCAUUAAGCAUCGGAGCCCUGAAAGAGCUGCCUGAAGUGAAGAAACCAGCUUUUCUUCUGGACCUGGAGACAUACUUUAGGGAAAAGCCAGAGGAGGAGUGUUCCCAAAUUCCAGAGCUUCCAUUGCUCUCUGAAACUUUGAAAGCUGUAUUUGAUGAGAAAAACCUGUUCCCCAAAGAAAUUCUGGAUCGGGAACGAAGAGCCAAGCAAUUAUGUCAAGAAACAAGUAGUGAAGUGAAGAUAAAAAGAAAUAAGAAGGUCAAUGGAAUGAGCUCCAGCAAUAGAAUUUCCAGAAUCAGUGAAGCAAAUGUUUUAGUUGGUGGAGAGGGUGGUGGAGGAAAGGUUUUCAGAAGGCACUGCCUAUUCCAGCUACAUAUGAGAGGCAAGUAUCUCACUUGUAUAGAAGAUAUUUAUAAAAUUUCAGAGGAAGACGAGAAAGAACCUGGAGAUCUUAGAUUGGGUUUAGAGAUACCAGUGUGA